CACAUUAGGUUAGGUUUUCUCAAUUUUGAUAACAUCUUUUCUUUUUGAAUCAUAGGAGUUACAAUUUACAAUAGUGAGGGGGCUUAUCCCAUUAAAAACAAGAUGAAAAAAACAGAGAAUUAUGACAGAGAAGAAGAAGAAGUAGAAAAUGGUGAGUUUGAGAUUGAUGAAGGAAUAAUUCCAAAUCAAUCUCAACAAUCAAAGCACAAACGAGAAUCUGGGGUCAUCUUUAUCCUUGAGAAAGCUUCUUUGGAAGUUGGCAAAGUCAGAAAGGUCACUCCCAUUACUCUCUUCAAUUCUUUACUUUUUCUUAUUAGCUUAAUCUUUUCAUCUCUCUCUCUUUCACAACAGACUUAUCAACUUUUGAACUCUGAUAAUCACUCCAAUUUUUUAAAGAACAAUAACAAACACAAACGUGAUUACCGUCCCAAUAUUGUUCAUCAGGCCCUUUUGGCCAUCUUAGAUAGUACUCUUAACAAAGCUGGAAGAUUAAAAGGGUUGUAUGUGAGAACUGAGAAAGGGGUUCUUAUUGAAGUGAAACCAUGUACUCAUUUACCAAGAACAUUAAAAAGUUUCUAUGGUCUCAUGUCACAAUUGUUACAAAACCUUAGUAUAAAGGAUAAAACUGGUCGUAUCAAACUUCUACGUGUGAUCAGAAACCCUGUAACCCAAUAUUUACCUGUUAAUUCUCAUAAAAUUGGGUUCUCAUUUAGCUCAGAAAAGUUGGUUCAAAUGAAAGAUUAUGUGCCUAACAUUGAAAGUGAUCGAGACAUCGUUUUUGUGGUAUGUACAAAGUUUAGUGUGAACUUUUUUAAUAAAAGUUUUAUUUGACUCAUAAUAUGCAUGCAAACGUAUCAGGUUGGUGCAAUGGCUCAUGGAAAGAUUGAACCAGACUAUAUAGAUGAUCUUAUAGCUGGUAAAAGUCUUUCCCCUUUGAGCUCAUCUUUUUAUUUGUAUCCCUGAUCAUACUAAAUUUAUAUCAUAUAAGACUUUCUAACUUAUUAUUAUUAUCUUCU